UAAGAAAUAUAAAGAUAAGUUUUUAGUAUUUACUUAUCUUCAAACAUUUUUUAUAUGUUAUGCUAUUUCUGAAACUUGUAUGAAUGAAUGUUUGUCGAACAAUGCGUUGAUUUCUACUUUAUUGAUAAUUAUAGCUCUAUGGCCUCCAACCCAAUUAUCUCUCUUCUGUCCAAGGAGCUGUUAAUCGGCGAGAACUUCAUGAAAUGGAAGUCUAAUAACAACAUAAUGUUGAUCGGCGACAACUCAAAAUUCACGAUGACUGAAAUUGAACCUGACUUUCCUUGAGAGAACGCCUCGAAGGCCAUAAGGGAGAAGUAUGAUCGUUGGACUGCUGCCAACAAUAAGGCCAAGGCCUACAUGUUCGCCAGCAUGUCAGAAACGCUAAGGACUAAGAUGGAGAAUGUCGAAACUGCUUAUGAAAUCAUGGAGCAACUUCAAGAAAUGUUUGAGCACAAGUCAGCGCAAGCUAGUUUCAAGGCUACCAAGAAGUAUGUGAACUGUAGGAUGGCACUUGGCCAACAUGUUCGUGAUCAUUUUAGUAAGAUGACAAACUACUUCCAAGAAGCUGAGUUGCAUGGAGCAAAAGUAGAUGAGAAAGUUGGAAUCACUCUCAACAGCCUUGCACCUAGUUUCCUUACGUUCACCACGAACUAUUUUCUUAACAAGUUGGACUAUGGAAUGACUCAGUUAUUGAAUGAGCUCCAGAUGUAUGAAGGAAUAAAUGGUGGACCAAGUAAAGGACCUAAGAAGAAGGCUGCUACUACCAGGGGUGCUCAGGGUAAGGCUAACCUAGCCUCUUCCUCGAAGAGCAAGAAGAGAAAGGCAAUGAAGGACAAAAAGAAGGCUAAGAAGCAAGUAGCUUGAAAGGCAUCGGCAACUGAAAAGAUUGCUGGAGCAAAGCCAACUAGUAAGAAGGCUAAAGGACAAUGUUUCCACUACAAGGAGGAGGGACAUUGGAAGCAUAAUUGCCCCGCCCUCAAGUCAACUAGAACCCAAGCUACUUAGCAACUGGAAAAUGGUGAAGGAGGGCGAGUUAAAGAUUAGAGUUGGAAAUGAUGAAUUCAUGGAGGUCAAAGCGAAAGGACAAACUUGUUUAAAUUUUGGAAAUAAAUUUAUGUUGUUGGAUGAUGUUUAUUUUAUUCCAAACUUUAGUAGGAAUUUAGUUUCA